AUGCGAUUCCUUGCCAUCGGAGGCAGUGGCCGCACAGGCAAGCUUGUAAUUAAUGAGCUACUAGAGAGAGACCAUCAAGUCACAGCACUGAUUCGAAACCCUGUCUCUUUGGAAGAGCGAUCCGGCCUGAACAUUGUUCAAGGCACACCCCUCGAUGUAUCAGAUGUUAGAAAAGCCUUCAUUAGCAAUGUACCAGACGUGGUAAUCGUCACUCUGAAUGCUCUCCGAGAAAGCGACAGCCCAUUCUCAAAGCCCAUCUCCCCUCCCCGCAUGAUGGCAGACAGCAAUGCGAAUGUGGCGAAAGUUAUGAAGGAGUUUGGAGUCCACAAGAUUAUUGUUUUACAGUCCUUUGGCACUGGUGACUCUUGGGCUAAUAUGCCAUGUGUCUUGCGUUUACUCAUGAGCAAGUCUAACAUGAUCUACUCAUAUGACGACCAUAAUGCUGCAGCGAAGGAGGUGCGGGAUAGUGGCAUUACAUUUGUGUUUGUCCGGCCACCGAGACUUGUUGAGAGUGAUGUGACUAAAGUCAAAGAGUGGCCUAAUGAUGGCAAGGGGGUUGGUUUGAUGAGCUCUGCUAGUCGCAUCAGUGUUGCUCGGUUUUUGGUGGAGGCCGCGUUGGAUACGAAGUGGGAUAACACUGCUCCUGUAAUCACCAAUUGA